AUGGAGGACCUGGAGUUCUUCGACAUCACUUUCAUCGGCCGACCUAUCUCGUUUCCAAGUCUCAAUUCCGUCUGGACGCUUACCGAAAAGUUGCGAGAACGCCAUGCCCAGAUGACUCCCGAUGAAGUUCUCGAGGACGAGUGGGCAGUACCAUCUGUCUCUUAUGGCACAUUCCGUGCCAAAAACACGGCGGACCUGACUCAAGAAGCCUUUGUUCGUAUCAUUCUGCAAGUGUAUCAUGCCGGAGGAGAGAUUAUGUCGUCCGAAGAAAGGGCUCGUCAAGCCAAGCAAACCCUCCCAAGAUACGGCCAAGAUAUGUUGGACGCCCUGACGCUGCUCGAAGAGGCGCAGUGUAGCUCAGCGCCGCGGUUGCUGGGCGUUGCCCGCAAAGUACAAAGUUCGACUGAUCCAGUUCCGGGCGGGUUCUAUACAUGUUUGCUACUUGAAAGUCUUCCCGGCCAAAAGAUAGGCCCGUGGUUUUGGCAGCUCGAUCUUCAAAAGCGCGACUUCAUCAGAGCUCAGUUCAAAGCAGCGUGGCUGUAAGCGGUCUAUGCGUUUCCUCUUCUAUCGCAAUGAAUUCGCAAUCUCUAUAACCUUUGCAAGGCAACUGACUUGUGCCCAGUGAAUGUACCACUAUCGGCCAGUAUCGCCCGAUUUCCGCACCUUCGAAGAUCCUCUGGGACGAGACCACUCAACGCAUGUACGUUUCCGAUCCCAAUAUCGUGACAAAUUGACUUUCAAGCUUAACGGAACUAGCUCCUUCUACGACUUUCUUACGGGCUACAAAUCAGACGAACCGAUCCCCUGGAAGGAUGUGUGUUACGUCCUCUUUGGUUUAGCAAGAGUGCCCCCCCGGAUUUCGCUUGUGGAAAGACAUAUCAGACACCAAAGACUGGGAGUUCUGAUCACUGGUUCCUCGUGCCCCCAGACCUGCUGCACACCAUCUACGGACCCCUUGGUUUCUUUCUCGGCGGUACAGGCCUCUCUCGCAAGAACCGGUUCGUUUCGCUGAUUGGGUCGUAUAAGCCGCAUAUGAAGGAGAUUCAUGAUGAACCUUGUUAGUAGUCGGUUGGCGCUGGAGUUGGCGAGGAAGAAGGGUCUGGGACAGGGGGUUCACGGAUUCUGGAACGAUGAGAGUAGUUGAUACGCAUUUUGCCACAUUAUCAUACUCAGACUUUUGUUCAGCCCGAUAACCGACUCGCCCGAAGGGUGUCCCGGCGUGGCAGUCUCUAUUGGAUCGUGGGUAGUGAUUGUCUCGGUUAUCUGGGUCGAGUCGAUCCCGGUCUUCAAUGACCUCUUGAGUCUUAUUAGUUCGCUGUUCGGAAGCUGGUUUAGCUAUGGACUCCCUGCUAUAUUGUGGUUGGCAAUGAAUACUUUGCCUCACCGUGAUGAAUGUACUUAUCUUGGGCAUUGCAUGGGCAAUUGUAAGUUCCUUUUCUUUCAAACCUGGAAACAAGGUAUUCUGAUUAGUGCGGGCUGGGACUGUGUUUUUGAAAAAUCGAUCAACGAGAGCUCGAAGUCUGCUAGUUGGACAUGCGCAAAUAAUGCUACUUAGUUGUUGUUUGUUAGGGCAUGACGAAUACCUUGAGAUUGAACACACAAUGAACUAGAG